UGGGCUCACGCCGCUGCCUGGAGCCAGCGCUCCGGCGCCCCGCGGGCAGGGCUGCCUUGAGCUCUCAGGGUUGAGCUCAGAUCCUGAAGUUAGUGAUUUUUUUUUUUUUUUCUUGUUUUGUUUUGAUUUAGUUUUUUUUCCCCUCUCUGCUCUCGGUGCUUCCGAAGUGCCUGUAAUAUUUGCAGACAGAGAAACAGACUGGGGGAGGAGGAAGAAUUAAGGAGAGGGAAAAGAUGGCGAGUUGCUGGAGCAGUGUGGAGAGAGCGGCAUUUUUGUGCUGCUUUUUGUUGGCAAUGGGGAACCUAAUCUGCUGCGCCCGGCCAGAGGAGGAGGAAGAGCAAGAAGAGCAGCGCUCCUGUCACGGUGCCUUUGAUCUCUACUUCGUCCUGGAUAAAUCUGGAAGCGUCAAAAAUCAUUGGACUGAGAUUUACUCCUUUGUGGAAAGCCUGGCUGAGAAGUUCAUAAGUCCAAUGCUGCGGAUGUCUUUCAUUGUUUUCUCUUCACGAGGCACUACGAUCAUGAAACUAACAGAGAACAGGGAAGCCAUAAGACGAGGGCUCAGCAUACUUAAGGAAGAAUUGCCUGGAGGAGACACGUUCAUGCAUGAAGGAUUUAAAAGGGCAAAUGAGCAAAUUUACCAUGAAACCUAUGGAGGAGUCCGGACCGCCAGUGUGAUUAUUGCCCUGACGGAUGGAGAGUUGCAAGAUGCUCAGUUUUAUUAUGCAGAACAAGAAGCCAACAGAGCCAGGAGCUUUGGAGCUAUUGUUUAUUGUGUUGGAGUGAAAGAUUUUAAUGAAACUCAGCUGUCAACGAUUGCUGACAGCAUCGAUCAUGUUUUUCCAGUUAAGGGAGGCUUUUAUGCCCUUAGAGGAACCAUUGAUUCAAUUCUGAAGAAGUCUUGCAUUGAGAUCCUAGCGGCUGAGCCAUCCAGUGUUUGUGCAGGAGAAUCCUUUCAAGUUGUGGUAAGAGGCAAUGGCUUUUAUCAUGCAAGAAAUAUCGACCAGGUACUCUGCAGCUUCAAGCUCAAUGACAGCCUCACUAUCAAUGAAAAGCCGACUUUUGUUCAUGAUACGUACUUGCUUUGCCCUGCCCCAGUGAUAGAAGAUGCUGGACAGGUGGUUUUUCUACAAGUCAGCAUGAACAACGGGCUAACGUUCAUCUCCAGCUCUGUCAGCAUCACCAGCACGCAUUGUCUGACUGGGACCAUCCUUUUCAUUGCUCUUCUGAUUCUCUUCCUGCUGCUGGCUCUGGCUCUUCUGUGGUGGUUUUGGCCCCUUUGCUGCACAGUAGUGAUCAAGGAGCCACCUCCACCACCUCCUCCAGAGCCUGACUCGGAUGAUGAAGAUGGAUUGCCAAAGAAGAAGUGGCCAACCGUGGAUGCAUCUUAUUAUGGAGGUCGAGGUGUUGGUGGGAUUAAGAGGAUGGAGGUGCGAUGGGGAGACAAGGGGUCAACAGAAGAAGGAGCAAAAUUGGAGAAACCCAAAAAUGCUAUUAUUAAGCUGCCAGAACAGGAGUAUGAGCCUUGGGAACCCAAGCCAAAGAAGCCCCAUGUGAGAAAACCACCUUCCCAGAGAAAAUGGUACACUCCAAUCAAGGGUAAACUUGAUGCACUGUGGGCUUUAGUUCGACGAGGCUAUGACCAAGUCUCUCUUAUGAGACCACAACCAGGGGAUAAGGGAAGAUGCAUAAACUUCACCCGUGUGAAAUCGGAUGGAACCUCUGCCCCUUACAGGCCACCACCGAAGCUGCCAGUGCGUGACCACGCUGCCCUCAACAACGCUCCAAGGAGUCCUGCCUCUCCCGUGCCUCUGCAGCCUCCUUCCAGGCAGCCACCUCCUGGACCACCUCCAUCCCGAGCCCCUCCUGGACCUCCUCCUUCACGCCCACCCCCUCAGCCCAUGGCUUAGAGUGCAGCAAACCUGAUCGACACAACAUGUCUCUUUGCUGAACACAGCAUAUUUAUUGAGUAUUGGUUUACAGUUAAAGAUAUCAGAAUUUGUUGCUGGUCAGCAAAAAGGAAAAAAAAAAAAGGGAAAAAAAGGAAAAAAAAAUUACCAAGUGUCAAUUUUAAAAUUUUAAUGUAUGAAUAUAUUUAUACCACACGUGCUGAGUAAACAUUCAGUGGAAAGAUUCAGAGCUAUGGGGUAUAGAAACAAACCAAAAUGAUCAUCUAGAUACAGUAGUAGCUUUUGUGUGUAUACAUUUGAAGAUCUAUUUAGAUAUGACAGUUGUCUGACUUGGUAUGUCAGAUCAUUCAUUCAUAACUUUAGCCGGUACUUGUGCAUCCGUGGCUUUGAUAGCUGCCACCUACAAGUUGGUUCAACAUAGUUCAUUGAGGAAUUUGCUUUCUUUUCCCCAACAGUACUGCAUCCAGAUAUUAAUAUGGAUCAACAAUUGCAAAGAUAACUUUCUGCCUUUGGUUCUGCAGGUGGACUUUCCAUGGAAGUUUUAAGAAGCCUCUAACAGUAAUGAGGUAACAUGAGACUAUGUGCCAAUGAUCUAGCUCAAUAAUCUAUCAGAGAAGAGGGAUAUUAUUUUUUUCCCUGGAAAACUCAGUUUUGAGCCUGCCAUCUCUGCAUAUGUUUAGAUAUGGUUGCAUAGGAUAACCACUGAAGGUGAGAUACUCUAUCUAGAAAUCCAGACUUUGUACAAGACUUGGGUUCAUAUUUGUCCAGAGUUCAGAGGAACUUUGAGAAAAAUAUUUUGGCUUGGUGUUUAGUUUUCAUUUACAGAAAGAGUAGUCCAAAACAAAGCAAACAUACACAGAAUUUGAGUGUAGAUGCUGUAGUAAGCAAACAGAAUAUGUUAUUUGUAUCAGCAGCAUUGAGAGACUGAUUCUAUUGCUAUUUGAUUGGAUAAAUUUCCUUUUGACCUUACUGCCAAGAAUUCAGUCCUUUUGUGAUUCAAACAUAAAUUCCUCUUUGAGCAGCUCUUUCUUGAGACAGUUCAGAUCCCACUAAUGUGUAACCCUGCAGCCUACCUGUGGCUGAGAAGCAUGGUGUGAAGAGUGAGUGUGAGCUUUUAUCCUUGUUUUAUGUGCUUGGCUGCUCUCCCAUGACCUCAAUUCUGGUGUCAUCAGAAGCAAUGUGAGCGCCCACACAGAGAUGGGAAUUGAUGACGUGGGACUGUGGGUCAGCCCAUUGUUAGUGUUCACUGAGCAAUACCUGAGUGGGUUGUGCCCAGAGCAUUCCCUAGUGAAUCAAAAUAACACCUGAGCUUGCUUUUUCUCCACCACUACCUAUUGUGUUGGAGAGGGAACUUAUGCUGGUCUGCUUUGGCACUGGCUGCGUUUUUAGGAUAGUUGUAGAAAUAAUGAUAUGUUGCAUUAUGACACAGCAUAUACCUAUUUCUCCAUCUAUGUGUGGGCAUGUAACACAUCACAGUAGUCAUUGGCACAUAAGUCUAAGGUAAAACACUUACUGUAUUGUGCAGUUGCUCCAGAUCUAAGACCUCUUCAUGCAGUUGUUACAGGCAUAUAAAGUUUUACUGGUAUAAACAGAAAUCAAACUUAAUGUUUCCAGUGGAAGGUCCACUUGCAGAACACCACCAAGCUCUCAUCAUCAGUCUAUGCUGAUCACUGUGACAUGCCGUGUGUAUGCAGCUGAGGCUGUAAAACCUAACUCAGAAGAACCACAGAGCCUCUUUCUCCUCUUGCACUGCUCUGCUCUCUUGAGCUUAGCUCUUACCUCAUGUAUAUUGGUGCAGGUAGUGGAAUCAUGGUCGUGAGUGCCAGCUGGCCUUGGAGCUGUUCCUAAUUCAGGCUAGAGCCAGCAAGGCACUUCUGCAUGUGUUAAAAUGUCCUGCAGGUCAAGAGAAACUUCCUUAUGCCCAAGUACUUUGCUGACCUGUGACUUCAUUGUGAUCAGAAAGGAGAAUUGGGAUGCAUUCAACCCUAUCCUCAUUCUAUUUAGACACUUGAAUAGGGUCUGCAUAAUUUGGUUCAUGAGAAUGGAUUUCUGUUUGGAGGGGAAAGAAGAGUGUGUGUGUAUGUGUGUGUGUGUGUCUGUGCUUGUGUGUGGGAACUGUGUAGGGUUUUGUUUGGUUUCUCUUACUUUACAAAAAUUGCUCGAGAGUUGCACUCCUAUGAAUAGAAAGGCCUUUUUCAGCCAGUGUGACACAGAGUCAUCACCUAUCUCUGUUUCUUUCAGCUGAAAGGUGAAACUAAAAUAAGUCCUAUUUUCCACUGCAGUUCUGGUGAAACUCUGUUUUCACCCCAAUGAAAGGAACUGGAUGACUGCAGUGAGAGGGCAGGGGAAAGGGUGAGGGUGUGCUUCACAAGCAGGGAUCACUGGUGUGCAUUAUGCUGGUAAUAUGGAAACCCUGAAAUAACCUUGCUGAGUCUAAGACCAUUUGUAAUGUGUAUGUACAGUGAACUUAACACCUUCUCAUGUUGGUUGUAUAAAAAUAAUUAGCCGGCAAAUGCUGACUAGAAAUUGAAAUGGCAGAGGAGAAUAAAGCUGAUUCCCAUGCUAGGACAUAACAGGGCAUUAGAGCUUUAAUGUGGGGUUGCUACAGACCCCUGCUCUGUAGAUGCCAAGCCUCUUACCAGCAGGCAGCAGUGAGAUUAAAGCAGUGGCUUGGUGGGUCAAGACUCAGGUUUAGCUAAUGAAAAAAGCCUGGAGCCAGAUUUUGUCUUGUCUUGCACCUGUACAGAUCUUGGGAGGGGCGAGUAGAGUGAGUAGAGGUGGUGAUUUGCCCUCAUGUUACUGUUGGAAUUUGACUUGCUACCAGUAACACUGGAGGUGUUGACUUAGGCAGGGCUUCUCACAGUCACACAUCCAGCAUGCCUGCUGUUUGCAGCUGAGGAGAAUAUUCUUCUUUGCUGAAAUAGGCAGUCUUGCAAAGAUAACACAUACUAGCAAUUCUGCAAAACCUGCAAGUGCAGCAGGAAUAGGAACAGCUUAGGCUUUGCCAAAUCCCAGAAUGAAUGGAUUCAUGUAUGAUAAAGCAGGAAUCACCAUGGAUUUGAGAAUUAGAUUUGGCAUAAAUGGAGUUUUCUGCAUUCACACUGUAAAAAAAGAUUAGCAUUUGGUGUAUAACUUAGGUUAUUGGCUGCAGCCUCUGUGACAGGAGCACUGCAGGUUUAGUUUGCUGGUAAAGCAGGAAGAGAAAGUGAACUUUUUUGCCUUAGAAGUGAAUUUCUUUUGCAAAGGUGGGAGCAGUGAAUAUGCUGCACUGGCUACAGAAAGGCCUUUUAGUUGUAUAGAAAUGCACCCAUUUGCAGUGAUCUCAGGCACUGUAACAGCACAGUAGGAGAAACUAGUUGCUAUUUUAUUGUCUGUUGAGCUUGAUCCUUACCUGGUAUAAAUCAAAAUAGACCAGCUGAAAUCAAGGCAGUAAUAUUGGCAUCCAUCAGCUGAGAAAUGUCAGAAAAUAAAUGAAGGGACAAAAUCCCUCUAUUGGGCUUGUUGUUUCAAUGUUUGCUUUGGCAUUCUUGUGUAUGUCAAUUGUGAUCACAGUAGUUACACUGCUAAGAAAUGUUCUCAUGUGGGAUGGUUCCCAUGUAUUUUCCACUAUAUAGCAUCAUUUGACACUUUCAAAAAGUGAGUAUCUAAUGCUUCCCCAGAUCCUAGAGGAAAGUGUGGAUUCACUUGGUACAGAUGUGAAAUGACACAAGGUGCAAAGCAGCGGGGAGGAAAACUCUGUGUUUAAACCUGAUACAGAACCACAUUGAUCAAAGCAUAUUUAUGGCCAUCUUUCAAGCUCAGUGCAUGUGUUGCCAUCUGUGGGGGUAGCCUGCAGAGCAGACGGUCCUAAAUAGG